AUGGAGGCAAUGAAGAUGAAGUUUUUCGUAGCGGUUUUGGUUGCAAUGAUAGCGUUAUCUGCGGUUCAACAGUCGGCUGCAGCGGUUGACGCUCCGGCCCCGAGCCCUACCUCCGAUGCUUCAUCGUUCAUCCCUACUUUCUUCGGCUCCGUUGCGGUUUUGGCCUUUGGAUUACUCUUUUAA